UACCCAACGAUAGAGUAUCCACAAAUUAGCGUGUUAUUAGUGCAACUCGCAUCAGCUCGCGCUGAGAAGAAAAAAUAUUUUCGCGAAGUGUACGAAACGAGAUCGUGACGGAAAUUGGAGUUUAUUUGGCAAAAUAUCUCGAGAAUUUGUUGGCAGGGUUUUAACCUUGGAGACACGAAGCAGAGAAAAAUUGCGACGAACAAACAUCUAAAAUUGUAAAAGUCACUCAUUGACAUACGAGCAUAGACGGGCCUUUCUUUCCGCUGGGCGAGCUGUCAACAACAGCUUUGGAAGCAAAACAAAAAUGUUUGAAAUUCAGGAAGUGGAGCCCACAUUGGACAAUCCGCUGAAAAAAUGGAGAGCCAAAGUGGAGGCGAACAGUCUUAGCCAGCUGGAUUUUGUAACCUUCCUGCAGAGCAGCGCUGCCCAGUUUAUUCAUAUCGAGCAGAAACCCAACUCCGAGUUAGGAAGCUACAAUUUCGACGAACAAAAUGCCAAGCAUGCAGUAAUUGAUGUGAUCGAAAAAUUCAUUUGUGGUGACAAUUCACAAUCAUUUUUGGAACGGCUGAAGUUGGAGGACACUGUGGCGUCGGUUUGCGGACGAGUGUUCAAGUUCGGCGAACCCACAUACAGUUGUCGAGAAUGCAGUAUGGAUCCGACAUGUGUGCUCUGCUCGUCAUGCUUCAAAAAAUCGAGUCAUAGGCAUCACAAAUACAAAAUGUCAACUUCCGGUGGUGGAGGUUGUUGUGAUUGUGGAGAUCACGAAGCUUGGAAACGGGAUCCUUCCUGUGAGGAGCACGCUGUAACCACCACUGAAACUCCGGAUCACUCCAUAAUCACUGAAAAAAUUAAGACGUGCAGUGAAAUUGUUUUCAAAGGAAUCUUGCAAUAUUGCAUGAAAACUCUACAGAUCCAGUCAGCAAGCAGCUUGGCCGAAUACGACGUUGACGAUGAAGACAUAUAUUGUACCAUUUUAUACAAUGAUGAAACUCACACUUUUGAACAGGUAAUCCAAAUUCUAUCCUCGAUCGUGAAGUGCUCACACAAGGAGGCGAUUGAGUACGUUACCAGCAUCGACCGUGAGGGAAGGGCUGUUGUUAAGUGUGCUUCUUUCGAAACGUGCAAAAAACUGAAAGAGGACGUCGAAAACAAGGUUAUACGAACCACGAUGACAGCCAAAGCUGCUCCAUUGAAAGUAACUGUCUCACACAAGAAUGAGGUGGCGUGUCAACAUCUUGCUAUGCAAAUACUUGGAUGGUUCCAAGAAUUUCUUUCAAGACACUCAACGUUCAGAUUGAUUUUUUGCAACAUAGUUGCUGAAGCCAACAUACCCUACAAUUUGAAGCAAAUUUUAAGUAACGAUCAUAAGCUGUGGAAGUCGGUUCGCACCUGCUGGCAUCGACUGUUGAUCUCCGGUAUGCUAAUGGAAUAUGAAAACAAAAAGUCGCUGGCUGUGAUGUUUACCAAACUGUAUUCCACUUUGAUGCAAGAGUUCAUCCGAGAUGACCAUUACCAUUCGUUCUCAAUUGUAUCAUUGAGCGUUCAAUUGUUCACUGUGCCAACGAUUGCGCAUCAUCUCAUCGCCCACGAGCUGGCGUUCUUCAAAUUGAUGCACACCUUCUAUUCCGAAUCGAUUGAAAAGUAUGUUAAGAACAAACAUCUACAGUUUGCCAAGAACACAUCCACGAUGAAUGUGUUUAAAAGAGCAUCCUAUAUUUUAAUCGAUUUGAAAUAUUUGCUGAGCUUCAAACCGGACGUGUGGACUCAAGAAUUGCGCACCGGAUUUUUGCAUGGCGUCCAGAUUCUGAUUCGUCUUUUAAAGUGCAUGCAAGGAAUGGACGCCGUCACAAGACAAGUCGGUCAGCACAUGGAGUACGAGCCGGAAUGGGAAACAGCGUUCACUCUGCAUCUGAAGCUGUCGCACUUGAUCACCUUGGUAUUGGAAUGGUGCAGUACUGAUAAAGUGGUUCUGGUUAAAGUAUACCGUAUGCUAUUGGCCGCAUUGACUGAGAUCAAAUUUAUCGUAUCUGAAGCAAAGGUAGAGGUACGAGAGCUCGCCGAUCACAGUGCUUCCUGUUUAAUGUAUGACGUAUCUUCGAAACCAGUGUCCAUUCACUUGCCUUUGACACGCUUCUUAGCUGGUCUGUAUGUGCAUUUUGAAAAGUUUGACUUGACUUUCGAUACGGUGGCUUCCUCGUCUACGGAUAAACCAACUCCGGAGCAGAUUAUAGAGCCAGUUCUGAGCACCAGAACUAUGAUCUCCCAAGUGUACGCCGGAAUGUGGCGCCGCAAUGGAUAUUCUUUGCUCAAUCAGCUGUACUUCUAUCGUAACGUCAAGUGCCGCUACGAGAUGCUAGAUCGUGAUAUUGUUAUUCUUCAAAUCGGUGCUUCAUUGAUAGAAAGUAAUGAAUAUUUAAUCCAUGUAUUGAGCAAAUUUAAUCUAAUCGAGUGGACUAACGAUGACUACGAACCCUCGAAUGCUGCAAAUCCAGAGGAGGAUUGUGUCAGACAGGUUAUCAACAUGGUUGAUGAGCUUCUCGAGCUGCUUAUCAUAGUGGUCGGUGAACGCUACGUUCCAGGAAUCGGAAUGAUCUCCGAGGAUGAUCGAAUUAAGAAGGAAAUUGUUCAGCAGCUCUGCAUCAAGCCGUAUUCCCAUUCCGAGCUGAAUCGUGCACUGAACGAAGAUAACAGCAGCGAAACCGGCAUGGAGAGCGUAAUCGAAGAGAUAGCUACAUUCGAGAAGCCGACCAAAUCUGACAAGAAAGGUGUUUACAAAUUGAAGCCGGAGUACUUUAGCUGGUACAAUAUGUAUUUCUACCACUAUAGUAAGGAAGACAAGUCCAAGUCAGAGGAAGCUCAAAGAAGACGACGUAAGGAAAAAAAUGAACUGGUUUGUUGUCCACCACCCGAGUUGCCGCAGCUGACUCAGUCGUUCAGCAUGAUAGCAAAUCUGUUGCAGUGCGAUGUGAUGCUUCUAAUCAUGCAGACGGUGCUUAAGCGAGCGCUUGACCUUAAAGCGAUUACGUUUUCGGAAAGCCAUGUUCAGCGAAUUCUCCAUCUGAUCGGCUAUGCUAUCCAAGAAGAGGAAUGCGGACACUAUCCUUUCUUGAAGUUCAUUGAGCGGUCUAAAAAGAUGAACAUCUUUCCCAUGCUGGAAGAAUUGGUUAAUAAUGCAAGGGUUGAAUCUCAAAGAGACCUUCUAUUGUGGGUCAUUCAGAAAUACAAAGACGUAACUCUGAAAUUCCAAGAUAAAAAGAUGGACGAAGAUCAAUUGAGUAGCGAUCAGCCGCAAACUUCUUCGAUGACGCAGAUAGAAGCAGAACGACUAGAAAAAGAGGAGCGAGCGAAACUGGCAGCGAAACGACGUGCUCAAAUACUGGCCCAGAUGCAGAACGCCCAGAAGAACUUUAUGACAUCCAAUGCUGAAUUGUUCGAAAACAAUAGCGACGAUGAAAAGGAGGCAGGAUGCAGUAGUAUGGAGUGGCAAGCCAUAACUGAGGAAACUGAAGAAAAAGCAUGUGUUGGAUUGAGGCGAAAAAUUCAACGUGUAGAAGAAGCUCGUCAUCGGUGUAUCCUCUGUUCGGAAGAGUCCCCUGUUACUAAAACCGAUGAAUGUAUGGUUUACGCCGCAUUUGUGCAGAAAUCGAGUGUACUAUCACGUUACCAGCAGACGGAUGAUCAAGGGCAGCUCAAGUAUUUGGAAACUAGCAUCCAUCCGUCUCCGCAUGUUAGCACUUGCGGACAUGUUAUGCAUGCAUCGUGCUUUGAAAAGUAUUUCAAAAACGAAAUGGUUAAAGAAAAUCGUCGACCCUACCGCAACCGAACGCCAGUACUGUUCGAUAUAGAAAAACGUGAAUUUCUCUGUCCGCUUUGUAGGUUCUUAAGUAACGCCCUUCUACCACUUUUGCCAGCUCUUGGUGCUUUCAUUGAAAACAACAAUUCCAUUAAAACGAUACCCGAUGCAAUUGGUUUCCAAAAUUGGAAUGAGCUAAUGGAGGAAUUUUCUGUGAUUCUAAGAAAUGCUAACAGCAGCCAGAUGGAAACCCAACAAGAAGCUGAAGCCGAUAUCGAAGAACAAGUCAGUGGCACUUGCAUGCAAGCGUAUGAGGAAAUAAUUCUCCCUAAACUAUCGACUACAUUAGGCAUCGUUGUUGACAAAAAUGAUAAUGACACCAAAUCGUUAGUGGGCGAAUCAAUCGAGCAGUACGUAAACAAAUUUUGCACCGCUGUACAUGAGGUUGCUCCCUUUCCGUCAACAUCGAGAAAUUUUGAAGAAUAUCUCGUCACAUGGUUGUCAUGUGCAUACACAAUAGAAUCCCUGGAAAUGUUGCUUAGAGCUACGGACAAGGAACUAAGCAGCGAACUGUCAAUACGUAAAUCAGCCCCACAAUUCCUGUUGAACGUGUACGACAAACUAUCUUCGGAUACUAACGGUAGCCAUAACCGUCAUGUACGAAGCGCAGAUGGCGAUGAUGUUUUGUUCACUGAGGCAGAUAAUAAGGCGAUUGAUCAAAGCGAUAUCAUUAUGACAUUCUUGAACAAAAAUCAUCAUGUGUCGGAGGUUCGUCACGAGAAGGGACGUCGUUUGUGGUUCGAUGUUAAUGAAAUGGAAGAUGACGCUGAACUGAUCUUGGCUGAACUGAGGCUGUAUCAAAGGCAUGAACUCAACAAGUAUGGGAAUGAUGAGGUCAAUAUAACGGUCGCUGUCUACUCAAUCAUCAGUUUAGAUGGCGAGAAAGAACUUUCGAAAAUAGCGGAAGUUGAUCUACCAAACUAUGAUGGAUGGAUAGAAUUGAAUGUUACUAGCACUGUCAUGCAAUGGACGGCCGAUGCCACAUCCAACAAAGGAUUCUACAUAGGAGCAUAUUUGAAGAGUCGACCUGAUCGAGAAAUUAAGCUAGACGAAAUCGGCUUGGUGAACGCUAGAGGAGAUGAUAAAUACCAACCAUUCCUGGUUGCAUAUUGCAGAGGCCCACAGAUUAUCAAGCCUGUUUUGCAUAACCUUUCAAGAAGCAAACGAAACACUCAGAGAAAGCGCAAGAACAAGUCAGAAAAUCGAAACCCACUGAUCGAGUUACCCAUUGACCAUCAUAAGAGCUGUCAGAUUAAAACACUUUAUGUGAGUUUCAAGGACUUGAAUUGGCAGGACUGGAUAAUCGCACCCGAGGGAUACGGAGCAUUUUUCUGCAGUGGCGAGUGCAACUUCCCAUUGAAUGCACACAUGAACGCAACGAACCAUGCUAUUGUGCAAACGCUGGUACAUUUGAUGCAUCCGAGCAAGGUGCCUAAACCGUGCUGCGCUCCCACAAAGCUGAUUCCGAUAUCGGUGCUAUAUCACAUAGAUGAAUCUAAUGUCAAUUUAAAAAAGUAUAAAAACAUGGUGGUUAAAAGCUGUGGAUGUCAUUGAAUGAGCUUUAAUAGACUAUGUCUUCGAUUUCCAAAUUUGGCUCUCGUGAAUUCCCAGUCUGAUGUCACCUUAUUCUUCACGCAACAACUAAAACGCGCUUGUCAACAAAGUUUGGUAAGCUGUGGGCUAUGGAAAGGGUAGGUCAACAAAAAUGAAGCAUGUAGUGCACGAUUCUUUAUUUUUAUUUUUUGAUUUACUUAACAUAUGGAUUGUUAUUAUGUGUCAGACUAGGCAGCAGUUCCCUUUCUUAUCAUCCUGUAUUUACCACCCCACUUUCGCAGUUAGUAUAAGUGCGGGAUCGUGAAUAAAACUGCGACUUUGCAUCGAAUCCACGGGGAAUGACAUUUCCAUUGCAAACCGGAAAAAUCCGCAUUUAUCCGUUGCUAACCGUCAUUAACCGCGUCUAGCUGCUGCUCAGUUACCUGCGGUUGGGGACGGUUAGGAACGGGAAAAUGCGGAUUUUCCGGUUAGAAAAGGAUAUGUCAUUCCCCUUGUUAUGUGACCAGACCAUCUUGUCGAUUUUGAGCUGAACUUAUCAAAAAAUUCUUCAGAACUUUUUUAAAAUAAUUUUUUUGAUGAUUAGGAAAAUAACAAUAAAUCGGAGAAAAUUGGGUCGAUUGGGUCGAGUUUCAAACUCCACAUAUUUUGUAUGGAAUGAAAAAUUGGUGAAAAAUUUUAAACCUCAUUUAAAAGUGGAGUUUUUGUCACUUAUACCCCCUCCAAUAUUUCAUUAAAAAAAAUACAAUAAUUAUUUAUUGAUAAAUUAAUAGCUUCGCGCAUGAAAAAGAGUUUCGCAAAAAAGCAGUGCCCACUUUAUAAUUAACUGAAAUACGUGAAUAUUGACUGCGCAGUGAAAGAUAUAAAACACCACGAGGAUCAAUUGACCACCUUUCGAAUUUUCGAAUCAAUUGUAAAUCGAUGGAGAGUGAGUAGGGUGUGAUGUUUGUUUACUCGUCCUUUAACAGUAAAAAAAAACUACAUAUGAAGUAGAGGGAGUGAGCAAUAGGUUUACAUUCGUGAAAUGGAAAUUUAGAAAACAAAUAACUCAAAGAUAAUACCCUAGCUUUGCCGUAGUCUCAAAUAAAAUUUAGCGUGAUUAUACUAAGUAUAUAUGUACACUGAAAGACGGCUUGCGGUGAUGACAAACACACAAAUGUUUUCAAAUUUACUAUAGACGAGUGCACCGAUGAACUGAAUUCAUCGCGGUCCGAGAAUUUUGACACUAGAGCGGGGUCGCUUCCAAUCAGAAGUGAAAGAUUUCCAAUCAGAAUUGAACAAUUCUGAUUGGGAACGACCCCGCUGUAGUGUCAAAAUUCUCGGAACGCAAUGAAUUCAGUUCAUCGGUGCACUCGUCUAUGGCAAAACAUAAUCAUAAACCCACAAAUGCUUCUUGUGUGCAUUUUGUUUCCUCUCAUAUCAACCUGUUCGAUACCCUAAAGGUAGCGUGCGAGCCUGGUCAUCUCAAGGUUCUUGGUUCGAAUCCGGUUGUCAACAGAAUUUUCUUUUAAAUUGUAAAUCAGGUUCAUGGUAAAAUUGAAAACCUUAAUCUAUUGAAUUGAAACGAAACUCAGUCUGCACAAAUUUAGUGGCGUUGUGUAUUUAAGGUUGAAGGAUUCGUCAUUGACAAAAUCGUCAUCAUUGAACAUUCAAAAGCAGUUUUCUCGUUCAAAGAUUUAAUUUUCGCAAUGAAAAUGUAUUCAUUGUAUUGCGGGAGCAGAGUGGAGUACAGUGAAUACAUUUUCAAUGCAAUCAUUCAAGUUUUGAGUGAGAAAACUGCUUUCGAAUUUCUGAUGACGACGAUUUUGUCAAUGACGAAUCCUUCAACCUUAAAUUGACCCUCAGAAUAGUAAUUUCAACCGUAAGCCGUCUUUCAGUGUAUAAUUAUUUGACAUAGCCAGGUUGCCAUGAUUCACUUUGUAUUGAGCAAAUGUUUAUCUUGUUUGUCCAAAUAUUUGUUACGUUUAAGGGCUUUGCAUUGUAUUGAGCAACAUAAUAUUAAAGCAUCAUCAUAUGUUAACAAAAAUGUCAAAAUGUAGGAAGAAUUGUACACGAAUAUAUCAAAACAUUGCAUUCAAUUUGAUGAUUUUAAAAUUGUCUAAAUGGAUUCUACUCUUGCCUUAAAUUGUAUUAUACAUUUAGAAACUAUGAAUAUCUUCUUUCACUUUAAUAUAGGGCUCCUAGAGAAAAUGUAACUAACUAACAAUGAUAUGAUGUAGUGUAGACGAAAACAAAAUCAUUAAAACAUUCAUUAAUAAUUUUAACAAUAAGUGUCAUAUAAUUUAGGUAUAUGGGUGUAAUUCAUUCCAUGAAAUCACGUUGACGUUUCAAUUCCAUGAAUUCAAAUAUUGAAACGUCUAUAAUUUAAUAAAUCAGUAACAAAUUUUGAAAACGACGUAUAAUCAAUGCUACACCAUUGAUUAUACGUCGUUUUCAAAAUUUGUUACUGAAAUGUUCACAUAACAGAAGUACGAAUGCGCAUUUUGACAAUACAUGCAUACUAUUGUGUCCAAA